CUUCGUAACAACAGAAGCAAGCUACAUUUUUUCAAAUGACAGUAUAUUAUGUUCAAUGGACAUGAAACUUUGUCCUAACCGAAUUAAGUUAUGAUUUGAUAGCUAUGUAUCCGUACAAGAAUCCCAGUGGCAGUGUUUUGGCCUUCAUUAUCUCAAUUUUUGUCAUCAUUAACUUGGCUAAUUCCCAGCCACUUUAUCCCCCUUCUUGUUCAGAUCCAAUAAAUAAGACAUCAGACCCUGGUUUCUCAUCAAACCUCACUAUCCUUUUGGAUACUUUAUCUUCUAAAGCGGUUGUCAACAGCUUCUACAACGAAUCAUCCGACGGGUUACAUGGCCUUUUUCUCUGCCGAGGUGAUGUGUCUAUUAACGCUUGUCAAAACUGCGUCAUCAACGCAACUCAAGAAUUGAAAAGCCAUUGCUUAACCAAUAAAACAGCAAUCGUAUGGUUCGAACACUGCAUGGUACGAUAUUCUAGCACAAACUUCUUUGGAAAGGAGCAGAUACUUCCCAAUUUAAGACUAUGCAACACUAAGGGCCACACUUCCCAAACCGAUGUUGAUGCUUUCUCUUUGAUGUAUCCAAUAAUAACCGAGGCUUCGAAUUCGGAUACCAUGUUCAAGGCCAAUAAUUUUGCUCCAAAUAAUAAUGAGUCUGAAAAAAGAUACGGUUUGGUACAGUGUACUAGAGACAUCGAUGCCGCACAAUGCAGUCAUUGCUUGGGGCAGUUAAUGGAGAAAAUUAGGAAUUCUUCUUGCCUUGGUAAAAAUGGCUGGCGGAUUUUGGCACCAAGUUGCAAGCUAAGAUAUGAGCUCUAUCCAUUUUAUGAGCUACCCCCACAAGCUCCACCUUCAGCGCCAGAGCCGAAACCUGGUGACAAAGACACAGGAAAAGGAGGAAAUGGAACAACAAACAAAAUAAUUAUCUCUGUAUCCUCCAUUGCAGCAUUUGCAGCUGUUUUGGGUUUAUGCUAUUGCUUAUAUAUUAGAAACAAAAAUAGAGACAAGGAUAAUUCAACAAGAAUUCUUUUGCCAAAUUCAGACGGUUUUAGUGGGAGAGGGUUUCAUGGAACUGAUGAAGAUCAUAGUGGUGAAAUGCAUUACUUCAAUUUAAGUAGUAUUAUGGCUGCUACAAACAACUUUUCUGAUGCAAACAAACUUGGAGAAGGUGGUUUUGGUCCAGUUUAUAAGGGAAAGUUGAUGGAUGGAAAGGAAAUUGCAGUGAAAAGACUUUCCAUGAGAUCGAGACAAGGCCUAGAGGAAUUCAAAACUGAAGUGAGGUUAAUAAUAAAACUUCAGCACAAAAAUCUUGUGAGGCUCUUGGGAUGCUGCUUGGAGGGAGAUGAGAAACUUCUUAUCUAUGAGUAUUUGGCCAAUACUAGUCUUGAUGCCUUCCUUUUUGAUCCAAGAAAAUCAAGAGAAGUACUGGACUGGACUACACGUGCAAACAUUGUUAAUGGCAUUGCGAGAGGCCUAUUAUAUCUUCAUGAGGAUUCUCGGCUCAAAAUCAUUCAUAGGGAUUUGAAGGCAAGCAAUGUCCUGUUAGAUGAUGAAAUGAAUCCAAAGAUAUCAGACUUUGGCACUGCUAGGAUUUUUGGAUGCAAUCAAAUUGAAGCUAGCACUGAAAGAAUCGUUGGAACAUACGGAUAUAUGGCACCAGAAUAUGCAAUGGAGGGAUUGUUUUCAAUAAAAUCUGAUGUCUACAGCUUUGGAGUUUUAAUGCUAGAACUCCUAACUGGAAAAAAGAGCAGUGGCAUCUUUGAUCGAGAACGUUCCCAGAGUCUUUCAUCCUAUGCUUGGCAACAAUGGAAUGAGGGCAAAGGAGAGAAGAUUAUAGAUCCAAACAUUGUUGAUGCGUGUCCAACAAGUGAAGCACUUAGAUGGAUCCAUAUUGCAUUAUUAUGUGUCCAAGAAGACCCCAAAGAAAGGCCCAAUAUGUCCUCAGUAAUUCUCAUGCUUGGAAGCAAAUCGGUCCACCUUCCACCACCAUCGAAACCUCCAUUUUCUUCAAAUAGACUUUUCUUAUCUGAUCCAUAUUCAACUACUUCAGUGUCUGGACUACAGACAUCUGACCAAGCUUCAACAAGUGUUUCAUGCAAGUUUGUAGAGUGGUCGGACCACAGUACUUCAUAGUUCAUAAACUCAUUACCUCUAUUUCUUUUUUUGAACAAGCUACUUCGUACAUUAUUUUUCUCUUUUUUUCUUUUUUAACAAUGAACAUUCAGAGUGUAAUACAUUAUAGAGUUUAUAUAAAAGCUACAGUUUUGUAAGAUAAAAAAAUUUAAAUAAUAAUAAUAAUAAUAAAAGCUAUAACUCUGCUGCUGACA